AUGCCCGCGAACGAGGAAACCAUUGGCGAGUCGGUGCCUCAAACAGUGGAGAACUUCCUUGGACAGGAUGCUGGGACCACGAUGGGACAAAUGGGUGACAACUUACUGGAAAAAGUCUCUGGGAAUUCGGUGACCAUCCUCCAGAACAAUCUUGCUGGUACGUCUUUGGAUGACACUCGAAAGGAUGGUCCAGGGUUCAUUGACACCGAGGAUUGCUGCUACAAGAGCCUACCUGUACGUCAGCUGCACGAGAAGUUCAUGAGGAGUUUCGUUGAUCUGCUCCUGGAAGAAGCGAUUUUCAAGGGUACCUCUAGAGAGAAUCGAGUGGUGGAGUGGAUGGACCCAGCCUCCCUCCAUUCAGCCAUCGACCUGACGCUCACCGAUCAAGGAUGCUCUCACGAGAAACUCUUCACGUUGGCCAGCAACGUGAUCAAGUACAGCGUUAAAACGGGUCAUCCACGAUUCGUCAACCAGCUUUAUUCCAGCGUGGACCCGUACGGUCUCCUGGGACAAUGGCUGACAGACUCUCUGAAUCCUUCUGUGUACACAUAUGAGGUCUCCCCGGUGUUCUCUUUGAUGGAGGAAGAGCUGCUUAGGGAGAUGAGAAAGUUGGUCGGUUGGAAGGACGGCAGAGGUGAUGGCAUAUUCUGUCCAGGUGGUUCCAUCGCAAAUGGUUACGCCAUCAAUCUUGCUCGUCACUACAGGUUUCCUCAGUUAAAGGAGUCAGGUCUGUCCAACGCUGGCAGGCUGAUAGUCUUCACGUCUCAGGAUUCCCAUUAUUCUGUGAAGAAACUCAGUGCGUUCUUAGGAAUCGGGAACAGCAAUGUCUAUGAGGUGAAGACAGAUGCCAAGGGGAAGAUGUCCGUUGCAGACUUGGAGGCUCAGAUCCAAAGAGCUGUCAGCGAAGGUGCUACACCAUUGAUGGUCUCCGCCACAGCUGGAACAACUGUUCUGGGUGCUUACGAUCCACUGACAGACAUUGCAGCCAUCUGUGGGAAGUAUAACCUGUGGUUCCAUGUUGAUGCAGCUUGGGGUGGUGGAGCACUAGUGUCUAGAAGACACAGAUACCUGUUGGAUGGUGUCGAACUGGCAGACUCUGUCACGUGGAAUCCUCACAAGCUACUAGCUGCGCCACAACAGUGCUCAACCUUACUGGUACGCCAUGAGGGUCUUCUGCAGGCUGCGCAUGGCUCCAAUGCCAGCUACCUGUUCCAGCCGGACAAAUUUUAUGACACCUCGUACGACAGUGGGGAUAAACACGUGCAGUGCGGUCGAAGGGCGGACGUGCUGAAAUUUUGGUUCAUGUGGAAAGCGAAGGGCACUCAGGGUCUUGAGAGCCACGUGGAUCGCGUGUUCCAGUUGGCCAGGUAUUUCACUGAUCACAUGAAACACAGGGACGGUUUCGAGCUUCUUCUUGAACCGGAGUGCACCAAUGUCUGCUUCUGGUAUGUGCCACCUUCGAAACGCCACUUGAACGGCGAAGAGCUGUCGAAGGCGCUUCAGAAAAUUGGGCCGACGGUGAAGGAACGAAUGGUGAAGAAGGGAUCGAUGCUGAUCACUUAUCAACCGCUGAGGGAGCUACCGAACUUCUUCAGGCUUGUUCUGCAGAAUUCUGGACUGACGGAGGGUGAUAUGAGAUUCUUUGUAGAGGAGAUCGAGAGGCUUGGCAGUGAUUUGUAGAUGAGAAUUGUGUGAUGAUGUGCAUCUUGGCUAUU